AUGGCGGUGAUGCAGCCCACGGACGUUGCUUUCGAGACCCACCUCGAGUUCCUCACCAGGGCUCUGGACCUGCAGACGAGCCUGGUGCGGAGCGCCCUCGACCUGCACCCGUCCGCGUCGCUCGUUGACUUCCGGGAGGCGGCAGAGGACGCGAUCAGCAAAUUUAAUUUUGCGAUCGGCGAUCUCCGAUCUGACCUGAAUUCUGUGGCCACCGCUCUUGCAAGCUCCGGGGAGCCUCCUACGGGGACCGUCGAGGCUCAGUCGAGCAGAUCCUGUUUGAGACCACGGGCUGCGUCAACCAUCGGCCUCCCCGCGAAGCGUGCCUCGAUCGACAGCGAGCCGGAAAGUCUCCCGUCUGGAGACGCAUCCCAUUUGCGCAACGUGUCUUAUGCGCGGGCUGAAACGGACACCGACCGCGUCCCCCAACGCAAGUCUAGCCGCAAGAUGACCCCCGACUCAGAAAUCGUCGGGGCUGUAAGCCCCGACUCAGUCGUUGCCAAGUCGACGACAGAAGCAAGAGUAAGCUACUCGAGGAAGGCCAAAAAGGCAAAUGAAGCACCGUGCAUCAACGGCGUAUUGAACCCAGAUUGGCCUGUGAGGCUAGCGUGGGACAUGCUGGUCAUCCUCCUGGUCCUGUGCGACAGCGUUGUGAUCCCAGUUCAGCUGGCCGAAUUCCGCACGUCGCCAGGGUUCGAUGACGUCUGGCUCUGCACAACGGUCAGCAUAUUUUUUUGCGACCUGGUCUUGAAUUUCUGGACUGGCUACCAAGGUGACAUGAAGCAGGGACAGGAGAAGCAAUUGGUCACCAGUAAGGCCAUGAUUGCAAUCCACUACCUCCGUGGAUGGUUCUGGAUCGAUUUUUUGAGCACUGUGCCAUGGAACGUCAUCGCUGGUGCUCUCAAGCCGAAAAGUGAGAAGAACACAACUUCGGACGGCCUAAAACUCGCAAAGGUCGUCAAGCUCAUGCGGCUUCUGAGGCUGAUGAGGAUGCUGCGUCUCUGCAAGAUCGGCGUUAUUUGGGAGCGCCUCGAGGCCCGGAUCGGGUCCAUCACUGCACUCAAUGUGGUGAGCAUGGUGAAGGUCCUUGGCAUUUGGACCGCUAUCUGCCACUGGGGCGCCUGCAUUUGGUGGAUGGUCGGCAAGAGGGACAGUCUGGUGAUGCUUCUGACGUUCCAGGACAACGAUCCAGAGGCGCUCCACUGGACGGAGCUUCCCCGCGUGCACAGCCCUUAUGAUGGAUUUGGACAAUGGGCGUGGGUCGACAGGCCUGUGUCUGAGCAGUACGUCUUUUGUUUCUACUGGGUCCUUGGAGUGAUGCGUACCAUGCCAGCGGAGGUCACGCCCGUCAACCUGACGGAGAGGCUCUUUGUCCUUGUUUUCAUGUUCUUCGCUGUCAUGGCUUUCGCCGUCAACGUCGCGCGCAUCACGCAGGCGUGGUUCAAGUUCAGCGCGCGCAAGGACGCGUUCAAGGAGGAGAUGGUCCACGUACGCGCGCACCUGCGAUCGAUCAGCUGUGACUACAAGCUGCAGCAGCGCACGCAGGCAUACCUGAACCACCUCUUUGAGAAGAGGAAGCUCCACGCCAAGGAUGAAAUGAGCCUGCUGAGCGUCCUUCCCGAGGGGCUGAAGCGGAAGCUGAACGAGGCCCACCGGAUCCACUUCAUCGUGAUGAUCCCACGGGUCCGAGAGCUGAGUGAGGCAGUCUUGCGACGCGUCUGUCAUGCCACGGAGGUUCUAGACUACCUGCCUGGCGAUAAGGUCACGGAAAAGAACAAGGACGCAGAGGCGGCGUACGUAGUCAUGAGGGGCGGCGUCGAGGUCUACGUCCCGACGAUGCUGAAACGGUCUCUGAGCAAGCUCAGCAAGCUCAGCGACUUUAGCAAUCUGAGCGCCCGGAGCGACGCCCUAACGGUCGUGGACGACCAUUGCCUCUUCGAGCUAGGGGAGAAGACUCCGAGCAGGAACACCGUGCUGGCGGUGGAGUGCUCGGAGCUGCUGCGCGUAGACCGCAAGGGGUUCCAGGAGAUAGUGCUGGCGCAUGGCCCCAGCGCCGAGCUGCUCCGGCGGCGGCGCGUCUCGGAGUUGUCGGCCUGCACGAGCGUCAGCAGCUUCGCGGCAGGGACCCCGAUCGUCGACGAGCCCACCAGGAAGAGCCCGCACGGCCCGGCAGUGGAGCGCUUCCUGAGCAGUAACUCCUUCGCCCAGGACCUCCGAGGGGGGCCCCUCAGCCCCAACGCCGAGCCCACCCUGGCGGGGGCCUCGUUGGCGAGGAUCCCGCUCGACGACGAGGAGCAGGAGGGCGGCGUCGGAGGCAUGCGGCAGGUGGAGAGUCUGAGGCCGUCGAUGUCGAGGCGCCUGUACGGGCUGGGGAGCUUCCGGGAGUGGCAGCACGUCUCGGCCGGCCAGCUCGAGGCCGUCGGCUAG